AUGAAUAAGACAAGGUCUGUUCAUGAUGGUUUUCCUUUCCUGAACAGUAAGAACUUGAGCUCAAACCGAAGCUUCCCCUCACACCUUUCUAAUCAGUGCAGGAAUGUCACUGACCUCACUGUUUUUCUGGCCACCUCUUAUAGCUUGGAGACAGUUCUAGGCAUUGUGGGAAACAUCUGCCUGAUUGCUGUCAUAGCCAGGCAGAAGGAAAAGACCAACGUCACCAACAUCCUAAUUUCCAACUUAAUAAUUUCAGACUUGUUUAUGUGUCUUGUCUGCCUGCCUUCCACCAUUGUUUACACCAUGAUGGACUACUGGAUAUUUGGGGAGGUCAUGUGUAAAAUGACCUCUUUCACUCAGUGCACAUCUGUGACGGUGUCAAUACUUUCCCUUGUCCUUAUUGCUCUGGAAAGACACCAGCUCAUCAUAAACCCAACUGGCUGGAGGCCAAGUAUCUCCCAAGCCUACCUAGGAAUUGGAGUCAUUUGGACUUUAGCAUGUCUCAUGUCCUUGCCCUUUUUGACCACGUCCGUCUUGUCUAAUGACUUGUACCAGCAGCUUUCACACAUCAUGAAUUUUUCCAGUGACAAGGCCAUAUGCAUUGACUCAUGGCCUUCUGAGCAACACAGACUUAUCUACACCACCACCUUACUGCUCUUGCAAUACUGCAUCCCACUGUUCUUCAUUAUACUUUGCUACCUGCGUAUCUACUUACGCCUACAGAAAAGAAAAGACAUGUUUGAGAAGAGCGAAUACAGCAACCGAGCAGUUCAGCUGAGAAGGAUAAAUAUUUUGUUAGCAUCCAUGGUUGCUGCUUUUGCUGUUUGCUGGUUACCACUGCAUGUUUUCAACACCAUUGUGGACUGGAAUUACAAAAUCAUUUCACCUUGCCACCACAAUCUGAUCUUCUCAUUGUGCCACCUGGUAGCCAUGGCUUCCACCUGUGUCAACCCCGUUAUCUAUGGUUUCCUAAACAGCAACUAAAAAGAAGUGAAGUCACUGAUUCUGAGCUGCCAGCAUAAUUCAGUAACUGCAUCCAUGGAAGAAUAUGAUCAUUUACCUUUAUCCACCAUGCAGACUGAAAUCUCCAAGGGCUCACUGAUGAACUGCAGACAUAAUUCCAUUUAG